AGUUCUAAUCGCGUGCCCCGAGAUUCGUGCCGGCCCGCGGCCGGCGCCCCCACACCGCCUCACUCCCGCCGUCAAAUUCCGGGCCGCGCCGCCGCAAAACGCAGUCUAGCUCUUCUACCCCCGGUCCUGCGCAACCUAGCCCGCCGCCGCCAACGCGCUCGGCGGCGAUGCCUCCUCGGAAGUCGUGGAAGCCCAAGGGCAGCAGCCGCGGCCCGGCGCAGAGGCCCCACGGGAAGUCCGCCGCCGCCCACCCUAACCCCGCCCACGAGUACCCCUACGACGCCUCGGCGGCCGCCGCCGCAGAGGCCCUGGAGCGCCUCGACGUCUCCGCGGCCGCCGAGGAUCCUCCGGUGGAGACGCCGCCGCCGCCGCCUCCCCCGCCCGAGGUCCCCGCGCCGGCACCGCCGUCUCAGCCGCCGGUGGAGGCUUCGUCGUCUGGGUCUGGGAGCGCCGCCACGGGUGGGGGCCGGGAGGAAGGGGCCUUGAGGAGGCUGCGGGAGCUGGUGGGGAUUGGUCGGGAGGAGGUGGAGUUGACUGAGGAGGAGGUGCGCGCCAACGAUCAGAGGCAGGAGGACGAGAUAUGUGCCCUGGAAGCAAUUUUUGGCGACACUGUAGUCAUGCUGAAUAGAAAGGAAGGCCAGCGGACUUUCCAGGUUCACGUGCAUAUUGAGAUCCCAGAUGGCACAGAUGUGUCGGCAAGGCUCAGUUUUGGUGCUGGAACACUAAAUUAUAAGGGAGCACAUGAUAAAGAUGCCUCUGAUGAUCAGUUUAGAGUUGAGCAUUUACCUCCUAUCCUCCUGACAUGUCUCCUGCCUUCGUCAUACCCGAGCCAUCAGCCUCCCUUUUUCACUCUAUCCACCGAAUGGCUGGACAAAGUGAUGCUUUCGUCAUUAUGUCACAUGCUGGAUAUGAUUUGGGAAGAGCAACUGGGCAUAGAAGUAGUAUAUCAGUGGGUGCAAUGGCUCCAAAGCUCUUCCCUUUCUUACUUAGGGUUUGAUAAUGAGAUAGUUUUAAGCAAGGGUGAUCUAACGUGUGUUGAAGAUGGUGGGGAUAACCGUGCUUGUCCAGAUGAUGCUCCACCUGAUUUGACAAUUCCAAGGAUUAUUAGAUACAACGAUGAUAAGCGUCAUGAAGCCUUUUUGCAUGGUAUCCAUGACUGCAUGAUUUGUUUCAGCGAGCUUCCUGGUGUCGAUUUCAUCAAACUUCCAUGCCACCAUUUCUUUUGCCAGAAAUGCAUGCAAACAUAUUGCAAAAUGCAUGUCAAGGAAGGAACUGUAGUGAAGUUGCUGUGUCCUGAUACAAAAUGUGAAGGUGUUGUUCCUCCCAAUAUAUUGAAAAGGCUGCUGGGGGAAGACGAGUUUGAACGUUGGGAAGGAUUGCUUCUUCAGAGAACUCUUGACGCCAUGGCUGAUGUAGUUUAUUGUCCGAGAUGUCAAACUGCUUGCUUGGAAGAUGUAGGUGAUGAAGCUGUGUGUUCAAGUUGUUUAUUCAGCUUCUGCACACUUUGUAGAGAGCGCCGUCAUGUUGGGGUGGAAUGUUUAUCUCCAGAAGAAAAACUUAUUAUUUUGGAGAGACGUCAAAAGUCUGGGCAAGUUAAGGGAGAUAUCCAGAAGGUUAUGGAUGAAGUACGCAGCAUCAAGGAAAUUUUGAAGGAUGCAAAACAGUGUCCACGAUGCAAGAUGGCUAUAUCUAAGAUAGAAGGAUGCAAUAAGAUGACCUGUUGGAACUGCGGGCGGUUCUUCUGCUACCAGUGUAAUGCUGCAAUCAGUGGAUACGAUCAUUUCAAGGGUGAUUGUGUGGUAUUUGAUCAGGAGGAAAUUGAUAGAUGGGAAAUGCAAAUGAAUCAAAGGCAACAACGCCAAGUAGUUGCGCAAGCGCAGGCUGAAAUCUUCGAAGGAGAAUAUGGUUACCCAUGUCCCACUUGCCGCAACCCAAUUCCAAAGAUCGGAAACAACAACCAUCUCUACUGCUGGGCAUGCCAACGACACUUCUGUGCAUUGUGCCGGAAGGUCGUCCUCAAGACGUCGCAGCAUUUUGGCCCCAGGGGAUGCAAGCAACAUACCGCAGACGACUGACGCAGGCUCUCCCAUAUCUCCAGCCUCGGUGCAAGCGCAGUUUCCGAAGCUUCCCUGUAUGUGCAUACACACCCGUCCCAAGGUGCAUUUGCCUUGGCGGCGAACUUGGUUCCAACUCUCCUACAUCCGUGUGCUCGCUCAGUUAUUUAUAGUGUUUAUGAACAUAAAUCUGCGUCUUUAGCCCAUUCGUUUCCGUGUCUGUUGUUGAGAAGAAUCUGCAUAUUCAGGAUGCCAGCUGUCCCCUUGUAUCAUGAACGGAACCGUUGCAGUGAAACCUUGCAAAAAUCUUUGAUAUUUACUGGUACUGGUGGUUGUGUCGUGA